AUGUCUUACGCUCGCCGCCGCUGUAGGUUCUUCGAAGACAACGGCCAUCCGGUCCGGGGUGGUUGCUUUCGCGGCGCCAGCUGCAAGUUCGUCCAUCCCGACAGCCAAGAGUGGGCGUCCGCCCCCAAACCCCCCGACUCGCGCCCCAGGUUUGGGGAUCGGCCUCGAGACGGCGGGUGGGCUCGUGGAGGACCGCAGAAGUCCCGGGUGGAAUCCUCCGACGUGCCAGCGACUUGGGGGGAGUGCGGCGCCGGAUGGGGAUCAUUCAACGGAUGGGGCCAGCCGAUCAGCAAUGCACAGGAGCCCAACACCAACGCCGGGUGGGGCCAGCCGAGUAGCAACACAAAGGAGUCCCAUACCAACCUCGGGUGGGGCAGCCCGAACGGCGACGUGAGGGUACCCGAUACCAACUUCGGAUGGGGCGAGCCAGCGAGCAACGCACAGGUGCCUAGUCCCAACAUCGGGUGGGGCGAGCCGACCAGCAACAUAAGGGGGCCCGGUGCCGACCUCGGGUGGGGCAGCCCGACCAGCAACGCACGGCUACCCGGAACCAACAUCGGGUGGGGCAGCCCGAAUGACGACGCGCGGGUACCCGAUGCCAACGUCGGGUGGGGCGAACCGACCAGCAAUGCACAGGAGCCCAAUACCAACGCCGGGUGGGGCCAGCCGACCAGCAACGCCAAGGAGCUCAAAACCAACAUCGGGUGGGGCAGCCCGAACGACGACGUGCGGGUGCCCGAUUCCAGCAUCGGGUGGGGCAGCCCGACCAGCAACGCACGGCUACCCGAUGCCAACAUCGGAUGGGGCGACCCGACUAGCAACGCAAAGGAGCCCGAUGCCAACAUCGGGUGGGGCCAGCCGACCAGCAACGCGAAGGGGCCCAAUAUCAACGUCGGGUGGGGCAGCCCGAACGACGAAGCGCGGGUACCCGAUACCAACGUCGGAUGGGGCGAGCCGACCAGCAACGCACGGGUGCCUAAUUCCACCGUCGGAUGGGGCCACCCGAACGGCGACCCAGGGCAGGAGACACGCCCUCAAGACGUCUCGCCCUGGGGCACCGUCGCUUUGGAGAGUGUCGACACUGGGCCAUGGUCGGGGUGGUCGGCCCCCGCUCUCGGUCCGACCUCUCCGACCGCGGCGACGAGCCCUCGAAGAAGACGGUCCAAUCACCAUCAAGUCGACGUCGUGCAAGUGGCGAUUCCAGACCGCGAGCCCACGCGCGUGCUGGGCAGCGGUCUCCCCGCAGCUCUGGCGUCGACCGCUGCUGCAGGUUCGAAUUGCAACCCGUUCGCUUUCGGCGAUUACGCUGCUCCGGUGGCUACGGGCUCGGACACAGGUGCAGCCCCACGGACGGACGGGGACGAUGCGCAACUGGCACAACGUUCUGUGGAAGUGGAGCGCGACCAGUCGGGAUACGAGAGCUCGGACACCGACGAAUUGGAGUGCGACGAGCCGGUGUGCGAUGAACAGGAGCCUGACGAAGUUGAAGUGGACGAGCUGGAGCAUGAUGAAGAGCACGACGAGCUGGAACAUGACGAGCUGGAACACGACGAGCUGGAUCAUGACCAGCCGGAACACGACGAGCCGGGUCAUGACGAGCUGGAACAUGACUCGCAGCUGGAAAAUACCACCCCGACAGAGGUCGACCGGGCUCGAGGCUUCCUGCAGUGA